UAUGAAUUUCAUUGAGAUAUCUUAGACUUAUACAAGACUUGUAAAAUACCUUUUAUUUCAUGAAUUUCAUUUAGAUAUAUUAGGCUUGUCUCAAAUCUCAUUUGAGUUUAUUUAAUUUUUGUAAGACAAUGCACUGUGCUAGCCUUUAUUUAUUGGUGUUUCUGGUCUGCAAUUUAUUUUGUUUUAUGUUUGAUCAUUGUUAAAAUUUUAGGGUUUUGAUGGAAAACAAUGUUAGUAUUUUAGAGAAAAGUGGAAAAGGGAAUUUCUGAGAGAAAAGCAUGAUUUCGUUAACUGUUUUGAAUUUGUUAUAUCAGAAAACUUAUAGUUAGUCUGAGUGCUGAGCAAGCAACCGAAAUGUUAAUGACAUGUGUCUAUUGAAAGCUACCAUAACUUCUGACUACCCACAAGAUAGAACAGCUGGUACAAGCUCAGUACAACUUAUACUAAUAAGUAAUAAACUAGUGCAGUACUAGCUGGUACUACCUCAACCCAGUCGAACUACUCCUAAAUAUGACUAUGAAACUUGUGUACUGCAUGUCAAACUCCAUUCUUUCUUCUCUUUAGUUAUAUUGGUUACAUAUAAUUGAUAAUCAAUGGAUUAUACUCUGUUAUUUUGUCAAAAAAAGCUAAAAUAAAAUUGAAAGUGGUUGCAGAUACAGCUCAAGCCUUUAAUGGACCAACUCAGCAGGGUGAAAGAUUUGCCAGUUCCAGAAUUUGGUAGUCUCCUAGCAUGGGAAGCUCGAGCUAGUGCUAUGGGGCGUGCAGCCAACGGAGAUAUGGCUGGUGAUUCUAAAAUUUCUCAGCUUGGAUAUAAUGGAGCACCAAUGCCUUAUAGUGGGGAUACUAAGGUUGUGGUGGACUUCAAUGGGACUGAAGGCAAUAGACAUGAUGUUAAGUCUGAAACUGAAAGUUCAUCUCUAAAGGUUUUGCCACCAUGGAUGAUAAAAUCAGGGAUGGUUCUUACAAAAGAACAACGAGGAGAGGUGAAAGAGGAAAUAAAAAUGGAUGGGACUUCAACUUCCACAUCAGCACAGUACUCGGAUGACAAGAAAUCAACGGUUGAUCAUGAUGAUAAAAAAAAUAUACAGGAUGAGUAUAUCAAGGCUUAUUAUGCUGCUCUGCUUAAACAACAACAUGAAAUGGAAGCUUCUAGAAAACAAGACUUGUCAGAUACAUUUACUGGAAAUGAUCCUUCUAGCCGUGCUUCUAUUCGUCAAAUUGGCGUCAAAUCAAAACAUGAGGAAGAUGAUGAUGAUGAUGGUACAGACUGGGAGCAAGCACCAGUUGCAGCUGGAAAUGAAAAUUACAAGGUCAAUGAUUUGAAUGUUCAAGCUGAUGUUGCUCCAGCAGAUGUGGAUGAAGAUGAAGAUGUGGACUGGGAGGAAGGUUGAUGAGAACUUUCUCUUUGAACAGUGAGGUGCACAAAAUAUAAUUUUGGUGGGUGUAAUUUAUUCAACAACUGGCAGCAGUUAUACACUGAUAUCAUAGCAAUAAUGCUACUAUUCAGUUUUAUUUCCAGUGGUCUCAACAGUGGGAAACUCCGAUACGUUAUUUUUUUUUUUUUUACUAGAAAUGAUUUUGGUGUUUCUCGGAAAGUAAAAUCUAAUGCUUUAUUGAACUUAUGAAUUUGUGCUACAAUGUCUUUAUGGGAGAUAAGUGGUCCAAUUCAAAUACUUCAUCAAUGCAGUAAUCGGUAUUAUACACAUUUAAA